AGCGACCAAAGGCAAAUUGAGCUAGUGGCCGUGUUGAUAAUAUAAAGCAGAGGCAAAUCAGUUAUGGACAGAAGAAGGAAGGUAUCUCGGCUAGUCUAGGCUAAGGCUAGCAUACACGUACGUUCCGGCCGGCGGCUGCAGGCAGGUCACCACAGUACGCACGCAGCUAGCCAGCUCGUCGUUGGACGAUAGAUCGAUCUCGCCGCCGGCCAUGGCGCUCAACUACAUGGCCGUGGCGGCCAUCAACUUCGUCGCCGCGCUGCUGUCCAUCCCGGUCAUUGCGGCCGGCAUCUGGCUGUCCACGCAGCCCGACAACGCCUGCUUUCAGAUCCUCCAGUGGCCCGUCAUCGCCCUCGGCGUUGCCGUCCUCGCCGUCGGCCUCGCGGGCUUUGUCGGCGCCUUCUGGCGCCUGCCCUGGCUCCUCCUCGCCUACCUCGUCGCCAUGCUCAUCCUCGUCGCCACGCUCGCCUGCCUCGCCGUCUUCGUCUUCGCCGUCACCAGCAGCACCUCGGGCCGCCCAGUGCCAAGCCGGGCGUUCCUCGAGUACGACCUCGACGACUACUCGGGCUGGUUGCGCGGCCGCCUGGACGCGCCGGGCAGCUGGGACCGGAUCAAGACGUGUCUGGCCGCCACGCCCACCUGCUCUGACCUCAACCAGACAUACGCCACGGCGCAGGACUUCUUCGCGGCCGCCUGGCUGAGCCCUCUGCAGUCGGGCUGCUGCAAGCCGCCAACCAGGUGCGGCUACACCUUCGUCACCCCAACCUACUGGAUCAGCCCCAUCAGCGCCACCGCCGACCCCGACUGCGCCGCCUGGAGCAACGAACAGAACAAGUUCUGCUACUCCUGCGCCUCCUGCAAGGCCGGCCUGCUCCAGAACCUCCGCAGAGAGUGGCGCCGCGCCGACCUCAUCAUCGCCGUUGCCACCGCCGCGCUCCUCGCCGUCUACGCCAUGGGCUGCUACGCCUUCCGCACCGCCAAGACAGACGAGCUCUUUCGCCGCUACCGGCAAGGCUACACAUAGACCGCCCGCCGGGCCCAUCCAAACAUUUUAUGUAAUUAAUCGAGCACAUGUAUUUUCAAAGGGAAUUUUGUUCUUAAAUAGCACACAUAUUCUGCUGCAAUUUCGCUUA